GAGCCCGAAACCCUCGAAAUGUGAUAUCUUGAGUGAAGUGAUCUCAGCUGCCUAUUUGAAUUGGACGGCUAGGAAGGAGGGGAAACAUGAUUGUUAUUUGCUGUAGGGCGAAGCAUAAAAAUCUUUCCACGCAAUCUUAAACUUUUUCCUAAUACCUACGUGGAAUGUGGAUGUCCUUCAGGUUAUUCCAGUCAUUUAAUGAUCUGCAAAUGCCCUUUCGUUUCUGUCUUUUUUGUUAGAUCCCUUUCGUUUCUAUAUUCUUUGAGGUUUCGGUCUCUGGAUGCAAAUGCACAUCCAUGGCCACGCCACCUUAAAUGGCCCAGCCAAAAGUUGCAGAGCCAGAGGACCUUCUCUGAAACGGCAAUGGCGAAAUCCUCUGUCACCUGCCUAAACUUUCAGAAACGAUGGAUUCUCUUACUCCUCGCUAUCUUCUCCAUAUCGACUGGCAUCGCCUUUAUUAUGAGAGCUGCUUUUGAUCCCUGUGAUUUCCAUUCUCGUUCCGUUGAGGAAGUCAUGGUUUCUAUUCCAGAAAGACGAGGACCUGAGAAAAACUCAGGGUUUCUUGAUUUCAUGAAAUCGAAGCUUAUUCUUCUUGUGUCUCACGAGCUUUCGCUCUCCGGGGGCCCUUUGCUAUUGAUGGAGUUAGCUUUUUUAUUGAGAAAUGGUGGUGCUCAGGUGGUAUGGAUCACUAACCAAAACCCAGCUGAACCAAAUGAAGUGGUGUACAGUUUGGAGCAUAGAAUGUUGGACAGAGGAGUUCAGGUAAUUCCGGCAAAGGGUCCUGAAGCUUUAGAAACAGCUUUGAAUGCGAAUUUAGUCAUCUUGAAUACUGCUGUGGCUGGUAAGUGGCUGGACGCUGUUUUCAAGGAAGGUGUUUCUCGUGUUCUUCCGAAAGUUUUGUGGUGGAUCCAUGAAAUGCGUGGGCACUACUUUAAACUGGAGUAUGUUAAGCACCUGCCUUUUGUUGCUGGUGCCAUGAUUGAUUCACAUACAACAGCAGAGUAUUGGCGCAAUAGGACCGAACAGCGUUUGGGGAUUAAGAUGCCCCAGAACUAUGUUGUGCACCUUGGUAAUAGCAAAGAUUUAAUGGAAGCAGCUGAGGAUAGUGUCGCAAGGAGGGUUCUCCGUGAGCAUGUAAGAGGCUCCCUUGGAGUUCGAAAUGAAGAUCUUCUAUUUGCCAUAAUAAAUAGUGUGUCUCGUGGGAAAGGCCAGGAUUUAUUUCUUCAAUCAUUCUAUGAAAGUCUGCAGAUUAUCCAAGAGCAGAAGCUACAAGUGCCAUCAAUGCAUGCAGUGAUAGUUGGAAGUGAUAUGAAGGCACAACCAAAGUUCGAAAAACAACUGCAUGAUUUUGUUGUAGAAAAAAAAAUUCAGGAUCAAGUGCAUUUUGUCAAUAAGUCGUUGACUGUUGCUCCUUAUUUGGCUGCUAUAGAUGUGCUUGUUCAGAACUCACAGGCCCGAGGAGAAUGCUUUGGGAGGAUAACUAUUGAAGCAAUGGCAUUUCAGCUCCCUGUAUUGGGCACAGCAGCUGGUGGGACCACUGAAAUAGUUGUAAAUGGUUCAACUGGUUUAUUGCAUCCUGCUGGGAAGGAAGGGGUGAUCCCUUUGGCAAAGAAUAUCGUGAAGCUAGCUACACACGUGGAACGCAGGUUUACAAUGGGCAAGAAAGGCUUUGAAAGGGUGAAAGAGAGGUUUAUGGAGCAUCAUAUGGCUGAGAGAAUUGCCAAGGUUCUCAAGGAAGUUUUGAAAAAGUCAGGCACUUCAGCUCAUUCCUUCAAAUAUUGAAAAUUACCUCUGUUGGAAAAUAUCAUGUGGUAUGCACAUUCGCCCCUAUGAUUCAGAUAUUGAGGAGCAUGUAAAGAAAAUUGAGCUCAGAUAAAACACAGUUUGAGAGAUGAUCCAUGCUCCUAUCACUGAACUCUUGAAAAUCGAGGAUGUUAUGUGAAAUUUAUAUGCUCAUGAUAGUCUCUUUCUAAGAAAUUAAAAGAUUUUUGUAGAUUUUUAUA